AUGUCUUCUACUGAUAAAUUCACUUUAAAUACCACAAUUUCUUUAUCAAACUCAAAUUCCACUCAACAUUAUUCAACAUCAUUAAUUGAAAAUUUAUUAAAACAAAAAGAUGAUUCGAAACAAUUCAUUGUCAUAAAAAAUGAUCAAAACAAUCUUUCAUCACCUGCUUGGUCGACAUUUGGAUUUCCAGCUAAGCGUUUAGAAGAUGGUUCUUAUCAUCGAAUAGUUGGUUUUACAAGUUGUUUCGAGUGUAAAGAUACCUAUUCAUAUCAAUCUGGUGAUAGUGGUAGUACCAAGCAUCUUUUGAAACACGUCUGUUCAAAAAGAUCAUUAUUAUCAGAAGAUAAUCGCGAAGGCCCAAUGAACAAAUUUAUUAAAUCGAAAAAUUCUACAACAUUUAAAUUGACAGCUCAAGAUUAUACAAAAAUCCGAGAUCAAUUAACAAAAUGGGUGUAUUCAUCUAUUCGUCCAUUCAACCUUGUUUCAGAUAAAGGAUUAAAAACUACUCUAUAA